AGUUGCUCUCAGAUUGCCAAGAUGAGAGGGCUCUCCAGCAACACGCUGCUGUGGGCCUUGCUGCUUGGCUUGCUGGUUGUGUACGAGACUCGCGCCAAACUCGGCUCAGUGCAAGAACCUGGAGUGGAAGGCUUACACUCCGAGGCAGAGAAAUCCCUCCUACCAAAACCCAACAAAGAAAAUGGACCUCAGAGCUACGCCACGAAGCUCCGAAGGACGCUGAGGGACGCAUCCGCCGACGGCAGCACCAGCCCGACCAGGAAGAAACUGCAGAAAGCGUCGCCAAGCAGUGCAGUGAAGCCGAAGAGAAGGAAAGCGGGAGGGACGACAAGCCCCCCGAACUCGGCGAAACUUCAGCCUAAAGGAGGGAAUACUGUGAAUGGUGGAAAGCGGGUUCCUUUAGGGGGAAAUCGUGACAAUGCAAAGGAGCGGAAACAAAAUGCAACACCAAAGAAACUGAAGGAAAGUGGAAUCAAAGACGGCGAGAAAGACGGAGAUAGCAGAGAGAAUGGAAAGGGAGAUAAUAAACCACGCAGAAAAGGGAAUAGAGGCAAUGGCGGUAAAGGGAAGGAAAAUGCUGCAGAGGUGAAAAAUGUAAAAAAGAAUGGAAGGGACCGAGACAGCAAGAAGGCUAAAGAUCAGAAAGAGAAACAAGGCAAAAACGGAGGUAGAAAUAAUUCAGGGAAGGUGAGGAAAGAAGGCAAAGAGAAAGAGACAGGGAAAGGAGCCAAUGGCAAAAGAAGGAAUGGGAAAACAAGCAAAAAACAAAAGAAAAAAGAGCAGCAGAGAAAGGGAAAUAAAGGGGGAAAUAUUAAGGACCAGAAAAACAAGAAGGAUGAAGAAAAGAAUGGUAGAAAUAAACCCGAGAAAAAAGAAAAUGGCAAUGGAAAUAAACAAGGUAAGAUAAAUAAAAAAGGCGGCAGGACGAAAAAAGAAGACGAUAAAAAGAAGAGAGAGGAGAAACAAAAGAAAAAUGAAAAACAAAAUAAAAAGAAUCGGAAUAAGAAGAACAAAGAUGAAAGCAAAAAGGAUGUCGAGAAAAAAAAUAAAAAAGGAAGUAAGGAAGGGAAAGGUAAGAAGAACGAAGAAAAAGAUAAAAGGGAGAGGAACAAGAAGGGAAAAGAAUCGAAGAACAUGAACAAAAAUUCAGUUCAAGAAGGACGCACAUUGGGGAAGGUCCCUGAAGAAAGGAAGAAAGAUGACGGACCAAAGAGGAACAACAGGUUUAAAUGUGAGGAGAAGAAAAAGUGCUCGAAUCUAAAAGGCAGAUGCAAGAAAAAUAGGAAGAUUACCGCAGACAACUGCAAGAACUUCGUGAACAAAGGAUGCAAGAAUAAGCCGGACGCUCAAUGCACUUGCUGCUUGAAAAACAAUAAGUGCAAGAAAUCGUACAUGAAGAAGCGAUGCACCAAAAAGGGAGGAAAAGCUAAACUCAAAGAGAAGUGUAAGAAAGAUUCCAUAGACAACGCUGUCCAUGGCGACCAGUGCACAUGCUGCUUACCUUGCAAGACGACCAAAAAGUGCAAGAACAAGGAUGGCAAAUGCAGCACGACUUGCAAACACGGAGUCUGGGAAGGCGUCAAGUGCAAAGGAAAAGGGUGCCAGUGUUGCAGAAAGAAGAAAGAUAAAGAUGUCACGGAGAGCCCAACAACACCAGGAGGAACAACUUUUGGAACAACACCAGCAGGCGGAACAACACCUCCAGCAGGUGGAACACACCAGCAGGUGGCAGGUCAGGAGGAACAACACCAGCAGGAGGAACAACCAGUGGAACAACACCAGCAGGAGGAACAACGCCAGCAGGAACAACACCAGCAGGAAACCAGCAGGUGGAACAACCAGCAGGAGGAACAACACCAGCAACAACACCAGCAGGAGGAACAACCACAGCAGGUGGAACACCAGCAGGAGGAACAACACCAGCAGGUGGAACAACACCAGCAGGAGGAACAACACCAGCAGGAGGAACAACACCAGCAGGUGGAACAACACCAGCAGGUGGAACAACACCAGCAGGAGGAACAACACCAGCAGGUGGAACAACACCAGCAGGAGGAACAACACCAGCAGGAGGAACAACCCCAGCAGGAGGAACAACACCAGCAGGUGGAACAACGCCAGCAGGAGGAACAACACCAGCAGGAGGAACAACACCAGCAGGAGGAACAACACCAGCAGGUGGUACUACUCCAGCUGGUGGAACAACACCAGCAGGCGGAACUACUCCAGCUGGUGGAACAACACCAGCAGGAGGGACAACACCAGCAGGUGGAACUACUCCAGCUGGUGGAACAACACCAGCAGGUGGAACUAGCUAGGUGGUCCAGCUGGUGGAACAACACCAGCAGGAGGAACAACACCAGUGGGUUUAGCACAACGAAUAGACAGACUACAGUUGAUAUAACUACAACUGGACAAAUUACACCUAACGUCCCAUCGACCAGUGUUAAGCCAAUCAGUAGUGGAAGGCCAGCCACCACCAGCGGGCCAACUACUAGUGCUGGAGCAACUACUUCAGAAGGGUCAAGCACAGCAGCAGAUGAGCCAACUACAGCAGCCCCGUCAUCAACUAGGGCUCUGCUAGAUGAAGUUCAAGAUUUGGCAAACGAAAUGAACAACGCUGUAGCCGAUUCGGAAAAGAACCGCCGCCGUCGCGAUCUUCGGCAGAAGCGGCAGGGCAGCAGCACCACCGUAAAUAUCGAAGUGGUCAUCCAAAUCAGCGUGAAGAUUAAGACCUGGCUAGUUGAUAUCGACAGACGACCGAUAAAGAGAAUUCUCAAAACGACUACAAAGAAAUCGGUGCGUCUUGCUAGCAAGAUUAUCAAGGUUGCGGAAAGAGAGGAAAAACAGGAAGUCCUUUCAGUAAAGAAAGAGCUGAUAACAAAGGUUCAGCAGUCGAUCACGGCAAUCCAAGGAUCAAUGAGCUCGCUGCAACAAUCACUAGCACAGGCAGGCUCUGGCGUGGCAGGUGGUGUUACCAACAACGUGAAUAUUAUUGUAAAAAUAUCAGCUGUCUUGAAGGGCAUCAUAAAGUCUGGUCUUGGUGCGAUCACCAGCAGUUCUGCAGAAACUCUUACUAGUUCCGAGGCAGAACUUGAGGCACUUCUUUCUCAAGUUCAAAGCGGUACCGUCACUUUCACAACUGAGGAAAUCACUCUUGUAGAGACAACACAAUCGGAAAUCACAACAGCAACUGCCAAAGUUACAGCGGCACAGGAUAAGAAUGCGGCUAUGGAGUCUUCCCAACAACAGUCAAUUCUUUUGGACAGUUUAUCAAGCGCCACAUCUAUUGUCAAGGAACAAAUUGAUCUACUAACAUCUGCAAUGAAUUCAUUCACUGAAGGAGCCGCUUCCGUAUCAGUUACGAUAUCAACAAGCCUUAUUAAUCUAUUGAUCACCCUACAAACAUCUAUUGAAUCUGUUACUGUAACACAAAUUCAAGAUAUCAAGGCAUUUGAGGAAGAAGCUACAACGAUCCUCAAAAAUGAAGCCUUUACAAUAACAAAUUUCGCACAACUUGUAUCUGCAAACAACAAACUAGCUUCAACAGUAAAUACUAAAAUUGAAGAAACCCUUUCUCGUACUGCCAUUAGUGAAUCUCUUGACAUAUUCUACGAGGUUUCCUUCUUGGUAUUUUCUAUAGUGGAAACUGCAGAAGACAGAGAUAACUUCAUCGAGCACCACUACACAGAGUAA